UUAAAUCCGUCGGUUCUGGAAGUUGAUGGUUCAGGGCCCACCGUUGUGCGACUAUAUUUUACAUUUCACUGGUUAGCCAUGGCGCAUAGCUGUGUGAAUCCAAUGAUAUAUGCAUUUCUUAAUAAGAAAUUUCGAGUGGAUCUGGCCCACAAGUGUUGUUGCGAAAGAGAACAAUCACACAGUUUCUUUCAGAGCAAAAAGGAGACAAUGGGUCAAUCUUCAGUCAUGCAGACAGGUAAUGUGUACUCUCUGCAAAAGUUAUCACUGCGUCGUGCAUCCAAUAAAAAGAAGUCCCAUGUCAAACAUGAUGAAUAUGACAGCAACACAGACUCAACAAAAAGCAAACGGGGGAAUUCACAGUUGGAAAUUGAUAAAUAUGGCGGCAGUACAGAAUCAAAUAAUAGUGAACGGAAGAGUGCACAGUUGGAAAUUGAUAAACAUGUCGGCAACACGGAAUCAACCAAGAGCGAGUGGGGGAAUUUACAGUUAGACAUUGAUACACGUGGAGGCAAUACACAGUCAAUGAACAAUGAAAUAAGGAAUGAACAAGUGUAA